CUCCAUCAGAAAAAUUGACUGUUUUAAGCUUCGAAAAUGGCUAUGCUCUCAUCCUCUAAAAUCUUCCUCAUUGCCUUUUCCAUGUCUUUACUCUCGUUUUCAUCUUUAGCCCACGAUUAUUCAAUAGUGGGCUAUCUUCGGACGAUCUAACCUGCAUGGAUAAACUCAUGGAGCUCUUCGAGUCCUGGAUGGACAAACAUGGAAAGAUUUACGAGACCAUCGAAGAGGAAUUGCGUAAAUUUGAUGUUUUCAAGGACAAUGUCAACCACAUUGAUGAAACCAACAAGAGGGUCAGCAAUUAUUGGCUCGAAUUGAACGAAUUUGCUGACUUGACCCACGAAGAGUUCAAGAGUUUGUAUCUAGGUGCGGUAACUCGCGUGAAGAACCAGGGGUCGUGCGGAAGUUGCUGGGCGUUUUCGACAGUGGCGGCGGUGGAAGGCAUAAACCAGAUUGUCACUGGAAACUUGACGGAGUUGUCGGAACAAGAGCUGAUCGAUUGUGAUACCACGUACAACAACGGGUGCAAUGGAGGUCUCAUGGAUUAUGCAUUUUCCUUCAUUGUUUCCCGUGGUGGGCUUCACAAGGAGGAAGACUACCCCUAUAUCAUGGAGCAAGGAACAUGUGAGAUGAGAAAGGCACUGGCAAAACAACCUGUAAGCAUGGCCAUUGAGGUUUCCGGGAGAGACUUCCGAUUUUACAGUGGGGGUGUAGUGUUUGAUGGGCAUUGUGGAAGUGAACUAGAUCAUGGAGUUGCUGCCGUUGGGUAUGGUUCAACCAAGGGUUUGGACUACAUCAUUGUGAAGAAUUCUUGGGGAACCAAAUGGGGAGAUAAGGCACUUGAUACAUCUUCUUGUAGUUCCUUAGAUUCUUGCCAUGUUGAACUAUGGUCCUCUUGCACUCCGACGGGCGUAAAAUCCAAUAUGUAUAGGAAAAACUACAGCCUUGUUCCUUGCUUUUUAGCUAGAAAAAAGAUUUAGACUGAAUAGAAUCCAAUAUUUGGU